AUGAAGUUUGAGGAGGUGACCAUGUACCUUGUAGAGAGAAGAAUGGGGACAAGCAGGAGGAAUUUCCUGACCAGCUUGGCCAGGUCAAAGGGCUUCUGUGUGGAUGACACCCUGAGUGCUAAAGUGACUCACGUUGUAGCCGAAGACAACCCGGGGCAGGAGCUGUGGCCAUGGUUACAGGAACAGGGCCUUCCACACCUGGACAAUACCAAUGUGGUGGACAUCACUUGGUUUACAGAGAGUAUGAGAGCUGGCAGGCCUGUUCCAGUAGAGGCGCAACAUCACAUACAAACACCUCUGCCAGACACCUCUUUGCCUGCUGUGUCUCAGUAUGCAUGCCAGAGACGGACCACACUGGACAACCAUAACAAACUCCUCACUGAUGCACUGGAGGUGCUGGCGGAGAACUAUGAGUUCAAUGACAGUAAAGGUCCGUGUUUGGGCUUCCGGAGGGCAGCAUCUGUGCUGAAGAGCUUGACCACUGCACUGAGCUGCCUGCAGGAUGCAGAGGGCCUGCCCUGUCUGGGAGAGGAGAGCAAGACCGUCAUAGAGGAGAUCUUUGAAUGUGGAUCGUCCUCCAGGGUUGAAGGCAUACUAGCAGAUGAGAGAUAUCAAACACUGAAGCUGUUCACCAGUGUGUUUGGAGUUGGACCCAAAACAGCAGAGAAGUGGUACCGCAGAGGCCUGCGUAGCCUGGAGCAAAUCUGUGCUGAUUCUAGCAUCCACUUAAACAGGAUGCAGGAAGCAGGAUUCCUGUACUAUGAAGAUAUCUCAAAGCCAGUAACCGUAGCUGAGGCCAAAGCAGUGGGCUACAUUAUCGAGGAGGCUGCCAGCUGUUUCAGUUCUGGUGUCACUAUCACUCUGACUGGAGGCUUUUGCAGGGGGAAAACGUUUGGGCACGAUGUAGAUUUCAUUCUGACUGUACCUGAGCCUGGUAAAGAGGACGGACUGCUGCCUGCGGUGAUUGGCAGACUCAGGAGUCAGAGUCUUCUCCUGUUCUCAGAUUUCCAGGAGUCGACCUUUGACCUGAGCAAACUGCCCAGUCAACGGUUUGAGGCCAUGGACCACUUCGAGAAAUGCUUUCUGAUUUUGAAGCUGAGGACGGCGCUGGUGGAGGGCAAGCAGACAGAUCCCAGCCGCAAGAGAGACUGGAAGGCUGUGCGCGUGGAUCUGGUGGCCCCUCCAGUUGACCGUUAUGCCUUCUGCCUGCUGGGCUGGUCAGGCUCCACGCAGUUUGAGAGAGACCUGAGGAGAUAUGCCAGGCUGGAGAGAGGGAUGCUGCUGGACAACCAUGCCCUUUACGACAAAGCUACAAAUACCUUCCUGCCGGCCAAGACAGAGGAGGACAUCUUUGCCCAUUUGGGGUUGGACUAUAUUGAGCCUUGGCAGAGGAACGCAUAG